UCAACUCAUCCAUGAGUCUGUCUACGCCUUAACCCACCCCAAGGUGGCAGUGACAGCGACAGUGGCAGCAGGAAGUGAGUCCAGUUACUUCGAGGGUUGAUGGCUGACAUGUCACGGCGACCAUGCAGCAUGUACUGGUGUGUGGGGCCAGAGGGGUCAGCCAUGUGUCCGGAGCAUGCCAUGGAGGCUCAUAACGGUAACAUGGAUGUGGGCAGCAAACCAUCUACAUCAGAUAAUGGCUGUAUGGCAGCGUUUUCUUGGACAGAAGGCAUCAACACUGCUUACAAGCAGGGCAAUCUCACCAAGGCCCGGAACCUGAUCAAAGAGGCUUGUGAUGAAAGCACAUCUCAGCUGGAAAAGGGCCAGCUUCUUAGCAUCUCCUCAGCCAACGGAGACCUGGAAACAGUGCGCUAUCUGCUCACUGAGAGGAGGGUGCAGCUGUCCACAGAGCCUAAUGAUGACAACCCUGCCGUGGAAGCCACACAUUUCGGACACACUGAGGUUGUGCAGGAGCUGCUGGAGUCCUUGCCAGGUCCCUGUAGCUUCCAGCGGCUGCUAAACUGGAUGCUAGCCUUGGCUUGCCAGAGAGGCCACCUGGAAAUUGUCAAGCUUCUCAUCCUGACACACGGUGCAGACCCAGAGAGCUAUGCAGUCCGGAAGAAUGAGUUCCCGGUCAUUGUACACCUGCCCCUCUAUGCGGCAAUCAAAUCAGGGAAUGAAGAUAUUGCCAUAUUCCUGCUUCAGCAUGGGGCUUUUUUCUGCUCUUACAUCCUACUGGACAGUCCUAAGCCCAGCAAACAUAUCCUCAGGAAAUAUUUCAUAGAAGCCAGUGCCUUGUCCAAUGGUUGUCCAGGAAAAGUGGCGCUUCGUGUGAAGUGGUCCCACCUCAAGUUGCCCUGGGUGGACCUCGACUGGCUGAUAGACAUCUCCUGCCAGAUCACAGAGCUGAACCUUUCUGCCAACUGCCUAGCCUCCCUGCCCUCGGUCAUCCCCUGGGGACUCAUCAAUCUCCGGAAGCUGAACCUGGCAGACAACCACCUGGGGGAGCUGCCUCGCGUGCAGUCCUCAGAUGAGAUCAUCUGCUCAAGGCUCCUGGAAAUUGACAUUUCUGGUAAUAAGUUGCCACAUCUGCCAAUUGGAUUUUUGUACCUCUCCAAACUUCAGAAACUGAUUGCUUCGAAAAAUUAUUUAGAAAAACUAUUUGAGGAAGAAAAUGUCACUAACUGGAUUGGUUUACGGAAACUACAAGAACUUGAUAUCGCUGACAAUAAAUUGACAGAACUCCCUGUGCUUUUCCUUCAUUCCUUCAAGUCACUCGCUUGCCUGAAUGUCUCCAAAAACAACCUGAAGGCAUUUCCAGAUCCUUGGGCCUGCCCACUGAAAUGUUGUAAAGCAUCCAAAAAUGCCCUGGAGUCUCUGCCAGACAAAAUGGCUGUUUUUUGGAAAAAUCAUCUCAAGGAUGUGGAUUUUUCAGAAAAUGCACUAAAAGAAGUUCCCUUGGGACUCUUCCAGCUUGAUGCUCUGAUGUUCUUGAGGCUACAGGGAAACCAGCUGAGAACACUACCACCUCAGGACAAGUGGACCUGCAAGCAACUCAAAACCCUAGAUCUCUCCAGAAACCAACUCGGAAAAAAUGAAAAUGGAGUUAAAACAAAGCAUAUUUCGUUUUUCACCACCAGAGGCCGUCAGCGUUCAGGCACCGAGACCGGCUAUGUGCUAGAAUUCCCAGCCUUCCUCAGCGAAUCUCUGGAAGUCCUAUGUCUGAAUGACAAUCAUCUGGAUGUGGUUCCCCCAUCAGUUUGCCUAUUGAGAAACUUAUCAGAGCUCUACCUGGGAAACAAUCCUAGCCUCCAGGAGCUUCCUCAGGAGCUGGGGCAGCUGGGGAACCUUUGGCAGUUGGACACCGAAGACCUACACAUUGUUAAUGUGCCUGCAGAGAUCCAGAAAGAAGGCCCCAAAGCAAUGCUGUCUUACCUGCGUGCUCAGCUGCGGAAAGCAGAGAGAUGCAAGCUGAUGAAGAUGAUCAUUGUGGGUCCCCCCCGACAGGGAAAAUCCAUCCUCCUGGAGAUCUUACAGGCUGGAAAAGCUCCCCAGAUGGUGCACAGUGAGGCCACCAUCAGAACUACCAAGUGGGAGCUUCAGAGGCCAACUGGAUCAAAAGCCAAGAUUGAGUCUGUGGAGUUCAAUGUCUGGGAUAUUGGCGGCCCAGCCAGCAUGGCCACAGUCAACCAGUGCUUCUUCACAGACAAGGCCUUGUACAUAGUCGUGUGGAACCUGGCGCUGGGUGAGGAGGCCGUGGCCAGCCUCCAGUUCUGGCUGCUGAACAUCGAGGCCAAGGCCCCAAACUCCGUGGUGUUGGUGGUGGGAACACACCUGGAUUUAAUUGAAACUAAAUUCCGAGUGGAGAGGAUCGCAACGCUCCGGGCUUAUGUGCUGGCUCUCUGCCGCUCACCCUCAGGAGCCAGAGCCACAGGCUUCCCAGACAUCACCAACAAGAACCUAUAUGAACUGUCCUGUAAAAGCCUGGAGGGUCACGAGGGGCUGCGGCAGCUGAUCUUCCAUGUUACCUGCAGCAUGAAGGAUGUGGGCAGCACCAUUGGUUGUCAGCGCCUAGCUGGCAGGCUGGUUCCCAGGAGCUACCUGAGUCUCCAGGAAGCUGUGCUGGCGGAGCAGCAUUGGCGCAGCCAGAGCAACACUGUCCAGUACUUGACAGACAAGCAGCUGGACCAACUCGUGGAGCAGACCCCAGGAAAUGACAUCAAAGACUAUGAGGACCUUCAGGCUGCCAUCAAAUUCCUUAUAGAAACUGGUACGCUCUUGCACUUCCCGGACACAAGCCAUGGCCUGCGGAACCUCUACUUCCUGGACCCCAUUUGGCUGUCUGAAUGCCUGCAGAGGAUUUUCAACAUAAAGAGCUCUAGGUCUGUAGCCAAGAAUGGAGUGAUCCGGGCAGAGGACCUCAGGAUGCUGCUGAUGGGCACUGGCUUCACACAGCAGACUGAAGAGCAGUACUUCCAGUUCCUGGCCAAGUUUGAAAUUGCCCUGCCAGUUGCCAAUGACAGCUACCUCUUGCCUCACCUCCUUCCCUCCAAGCCUGGCCUGGAUACUCACGGCAUGCGACAUCCCACAGCCAACACCAUCCAGAGGUUGUUUAAGAUGAGCUUCGUUCCCAUUGGCUUCUGGCAGAGGUUUAUAGCUCGGAUGCUGAUCAGUUUGGCAGAGAUGGACCUCCAGCUUUUUGAAAACAAGAAGAAUACUAAAAGCAGGAGCCGAAGAGUGACCAUUUACAGCUUUACAGGGAACCAGAGGAACCGCUGCAGCACGUUCAGAGUGAGAAGAAAUCAGACCAUCUAUUGGCAGGAAGGGCUCCUGGUCACUUUUGAUGGAGGCUACCUCAGCGUGGAGUCCUCUGAUGUGAACUGGACAAAGAAAAAGAGUGGCGGGAUCAAAAUCAUCUGCCAGUCAGAAAUGAGGGACUUCUCGGCAAUGGCUUUCAUCACGGAUCAUGUCAACUCCUUGAUUGAUCAGUGGUUUCCCGCCCUAACAGCAACUGAGAGUGAUGGGACCCCCCUCAUGGAGCAGUAUGUACCCUGCCCAGUCUGCGAGGCAUCCUGGACUGGGAGCACUGACCAAAGUGAGAUGGAGGAGGGUGUGCACUACUUUGACAUGGAAGACUGUGUGCUGACUGCCAUCGAACAGGACUUCAUCUCCUGCCCCAGACACCCAGACCUCCCCGUGCCCCUGCAGGAACUAGUGCCGGAGCUGUUCAUGACCGACUUUCCAGCCAGGCUCUUCCUGGAGAACAGGAAGCUGGAGCACAGUGAGGAUGAGAGCAGCAUCCUGGGCCAAGGUGGGAGCGGCACCGUCAUCUACCAGGCUCACUACCAAGGCCAGCCAGUGGCUGUAAAACGGUUUAAGAUCAAGAAGUUCAAGAACUUCACCAAUGUCCCAGCAGACACCAUGCUACAGCACCUGCGGGCUACAGACGCCAUGAAGAACUUCUCAGAAUUCCGGCAGGAGGCCAGCAUGCUUCAUGCCUUGCAGCACCCUUGCAUCGUCUCGCUCAUUGGCAUCAGCAUCCACCCGCUCUGCUUCGCUCUGGAGCUCGCGCCACUGGGCAGCCUCAACACCGUGCUAUCAGAGAAUGCCAAAGACUCCUCCUUUAUGCCCCUGGGACAUAUGCUCACCCACAAAAUAGCCUAUCAGAUUGCCUCUGGUCUGGCCUACCUGCACAAGAAAAACAUCAUCUUCUGUGACUUGAAGUCAGACAACAUCCUGGUCUGGUCCCUGGAUGUACAAGAGCACAUCAACAUCAAAUUGUCUGACUAUGGCAUCUCCCGGCAAUCCUUCCAUGAGGGUGCCCUGGGCGUAGAGGGCACACCUGGCUACCAGGCUCCAGAAGUCAGGCCUCGUAUUGUGUAUGAUGAGAAGGUGGACAUGUUCUCCUACGGGAUGGUACUCUAUGAGUUGUUGUCAGGACAGCGGCCUGAGCUGGGCCACCACCAGCUCCAGAUUGCCAAGAAGCUAUCCAAGGGUAUUCGUCCAGUGCUGGGACAGCCAGAGGAAGUGCAGUUCCACCGCCUUCAGACACUCAUGAUGGAGUGCUGGGACACCAAACCUGAGAAGCGGCCCAUUGCCCUGUCCGUGGUGAGCCAAAUGAAGGAUCCAACCUUUGCAGCCUUCAUGUACUUGCUGCCCUGUGGGAAGCAGACGUCAUUCUUCUCAUCUCAGGGCCAGGAGUACAACGUGGUGUUCUGGGAUGGGAAAGAAGAAUCCAGGAACUACACCGUGGUGAACACAGAAAAGGGCCUUCUGGAAGUGCAGAGGAUGAGCUGUGUGGGGAUGAAGCUGAGCUGUCAGCUCAAGUUCCAGAGUUCUCUGUGGACAGCGACGGAGGACCAGAAGAUCUACAUCUACAGCCUCAAAGGCAUGUGUCCUUUAAACAUGCCCCAGAGGGCUCUGGACAUUCCAGCCGUAGUCACCUGUUUCCUGGCCGUGCCUGUUAUAAAAAAGAACUCCUACCUAGUGUUGGCCGGCCUGGCAGAUGGGCUUGUGGCUGUGUUUCCUAUGGCACGAGGAAGUGUCCCAGAUGACAGCUGCUCCUACCUAUGUUCCCACACAGCCAACAGGUCCAAGUUCAGCAUCCCAGAUGAGGACGCGAGGCAGAACCCCUACCCUGUGAGGGCCAUGGAAGUGGUCAACAGCGGCUCUGAGGUCUGGUACACCAACGGGCCAGGCCUGCUGAUCGUCAACUGCUUCACCCUGGAGAUCUGCCAGCGGCUAGAGCCCUACUUAGCCCCUUCAGUGGUCACUUCAAUUACAUGCAGCUCUGACUGCGGGGGUGAGGAGGUUGUCUGGUGCCUGGAUGACAAAGCCAACUCAUUGGUCAUGUACCACUCAGGCACUUAUCAGCUGUGUGCCCGGUACUUCUGCGGAGACCCCAACCCCUUGCAGGACAAGUUUCUGGUGCACCCAGUAGGCCUGGAGCCAGCAGGCAACCUAGAAGCCAGCCUACAGAAGCCCAAGGGAGAUGGUCUGGCAGAUGUGAGCAUCAUGUACAGUAAAGAGCUUGGUACUCAGAUUCUGGCCCACCAGGACUCAAUGACGGACUACUGUUCCAUGUCCUCUCCCUCUGCCUCCCCACCCCACCAGACUGCCUGGUCCCCCACAAGCCUGCCCAGCUCCCCAGUAAGCUCUUACAACAUGCCAUUCUCCAGUGACUAUGAGGACCCAGAGAGGCAGUAUGAUCCUGGUGCUUACUCAGACCCAUCUGAGCAGGACCUGAAUACUGUGAUCAGGGCUACCUUUAGCCAGCACCUACAGGCCAUGAAGAUUCUCACUGUGAAAGACCUCAUUUGGGUUCCCAGGCAUGGUGGAGAUAUUCUCAUAAUCGGCCUGGAGAAGGAGUCGGGUGUCCAGCAGGGCCGAGUUAUUGCUUUGCUAAAGGCUCGGGAACUGGCUCUGCAUGGGGUACUUGUGGACGCAGCUGUGGUGGCCAAAGACAUCGUGGUGUGUGGCUUUGAAAACGAGAACUCGGAGUGGUGCCUGGCUGUCUGGAGGGGUUGGGGUGCCAGAGAGUUUGACACUUUUUACCACUCCUAUGAGGAGCUAAGCCGCCUGGAAAGCUGUACACGCAAGAGAAGGUAGCACCUGGGGAAGGUGCACUCAAUGGCUGACUGCUCCAGCCACCAAGCCUGCUGGAAGACGGGCCUCCAGGCCCAGAAGAUGGACUGAGUACUCCCAAACUGCCUGCUGCUGAAAACUGCUGGGAAGUUCCUGACUAGGCAGGUGCUCAGGGUAAUCAAUUUCUCUAGGAGACAGUCUUUGGGACACUCCUGGCUUCCCAUGUUGGUUUUAAAUUCUUAAGGGAAGAAGGAACUGACUGGGAGCUGCUUCCAUGAUCUCCUCGAUCCAGGGGCACAGGAGGAGCUCAUUCAGAGCUGGAUCUCUGUAGAAGUGGGCUGGGCCUUCCUGGAUUAGCCAUCUUGCCCCAUUAAAUUACACUAAAGGCCCUCAGUUGGGAGCACUCAGGGCAGAACAAAGGGAAGAUCAGGCUCCCCCCACCCCCUCUCCUUCAUGGCCCCAAGCUCUCAGCACAAUUCACAGCCUUCUGCUUCCCCAGGGCCCAGGCCCCGACUUGGCAGGCUGAUAUCCAAUGUCCCCAGAUUCAGAGAGUCUUAUGUGAGAAAGCCCCCAAGGACCCUUGACAGAAGCAUUGCCCAACUCACUGAUGAAUGAAUUCCUUUAAGGGACACAGCUGGGAAGCCCAGUAGAGCCAGGGCCAGAGUCCCCUUUAGGCCCUUUACAUUCUUCUCCAGCCACAGAAAGAAGCGGUACCUCAAGCUGUAGGAUUCCAGCCUGUAUUAUAGCUUUGUAAAAUAAACUCCGAUGCAGCAAGAA